AUGGGCAAUUGCUGCUGCUGUUUUCGCGGCGACGAAGAGGCGCGGACAGUAAAGGCGGCAGGCUCCGCCACUUCCGCUCAACAGGCCGAAACCGCCGGCGCGCCCCAGCCGUCACACACGCCGUCCUCCGUUGCGGGCCACCGCCAACCCGCGCCUCUCCACCGCCAGCGGAGCCACCCUUCCGAAGUGGUUCCCGUCGACCCUUCCCCCUCCCCGCCGCCGCCGCCUCUGGCAGAAGAACUUUCGCCUCAGGCGGAGUCCUCUCUCCCCGCGCAGUUUCCCUCUGCGCGGACGUCCGCCGGCCUCCCUCCGCUCCGCGCGUUCAGUUACGCGGAGCUGCACGCGGCGACGGGGGGAUUUGCGCCUGCGCGCGUCAUAGGAGAGGGGGGGUUCGGAAAGGUGUACCGCGGGCGGAUGGUGCUGCCGCAGGCUGCGGACGGUGGCGCGACGAGGGAGCGUGAGCUGGCAGUCAAAGUGACGAAUGGCAAACAAUUCACCGAGAGAGACCUGCAGUGCUUCGAGGCUGAGGUGGUAGCCAUGUCAGCAAUGAAUCAUCCCAACAUUCUGAGGCUGGAAGGCGUUGCGAUGGACAUGGAGCAGAGGCCAAUUCUCGUGUAUGAGCUCAUCCCGGGAGGCGACGUGAGGAAACUUCUCCAACGAGUCCGCAGGAACGAAGCACGGUUUUCGUGGAGGGAUCGUGUGAAGGUUGCGCUGGGGUGUGCCAAGGCGCUGGCGAUUAUUCACGAAAACAGGUUCAUUCACCGCGACUUCAAGUCGUCAAACGUGCUUCUGCGAGAGGAUUUCACUGCCGUGUUGGCCGACUUUGGCUUGGCUCGCACCAUUGAGGACUGGAAAACGCACGUGUCAACAGCACCGGUCGGCUCGUUAGGCUACAUCGACCCAAACUAUUUUCAGACAGGCCAACUAAGCCAGCAGUCUGACACAUAUGCGUUCGGUGUGUUCCUUUUGGAGCUGAUCUUUGGCUAUGCACCACUAGAUACAAAAGGGGGAGUGGGAAAAGCUGCAUGUUCUUCAAAUGGUGGUUCUGGCUCGCUUCGCCACUAA